AGAGUGUCAGCUUCGGACUUCUACGGGAAAAAUCUUCAUUUUUUGCAGCAAAAUUUGCCGGAAAUUAAUACGGACAGCCUAAUCGCAUUAAGUGUAUAAAUUUCUUGGAUUCUGAGGGUCAUUGUAGCCGAUUUUUGAGCAAAAAAUCGCGAUUCGUGGCGGUUUAAUAUGAAUUUUUAAUUUGCAUAGGAGCGAUUCAGCCGAUUCUAAUUCAGGACCUUUCGAGCGACUUCGAAUUAUUCUGUCUGCCAACGCGAAAACCGCUUCGAUCGAGGAGAAAUAAAGUCUUCGAGAUGCUUUCUCUCAGAGGAAUUUAUAUGUCUGUGUUGUGGGGCAGAUUUUAUAUGUAAGGUAAGUUUAUAAGUUGAGCUUUGGUUGCGAUUUUUAAUAUGUGUAUAUAUUAAUAAUGACAAUAUAUAUGUAUAAUGUAUUUGCAUUUAUCGGGACAUCUACUGGUACUUUAUGUCUAUGAAUGUGACUUAAUACGGGAUUGCUUAAAUUUCUGUUCAAAAUUCGCAAACUAAACCUUUUAAUUUUAUACUUGAAAUGGAGAAAUGUCUUUCUUUGUGCUACUUUAAUUAAUUUCUCUAUAUAAAUAUAUCUCAAGUUAUUUAGUAUCCCUAGUGAAUUGUGUUUAUUUAUUUUUGUAUUUGAUAGCAGCUGUUAUGUAUGCAGCCAUGUUCUAGUAAGCCAGGAUUAGCGCUCAAAUUUUCUUACUAUGUUGCCAAAGUGUCAACAUGUUUUUAUGUCAAAACAUUUGGGAAUAUGACUAUACAUUCCUAUCUUCAUUCAAAAUGGAAUCACAAAAGGAUCUUUUGACUUUUAUGAUUGAGUCAGGGUUCUGAGGAUCUGGAGUCGACAUUAAUAGUCACCUUUCCCCUUUUGAGUGAAAUUUUGAUCUAGACAAGUCUGGACAAAAAUUUCAUCACAGCUUGAAAGAGCAUCACAAAAUUAGUAAUAUUCCGAAGUUUCGUUGUGAAAUGUUGUCAAAUGCGGAUAAUGUAGCCUUGCGAAGUUUGCCGUUUUUCAGUCAUUUGGUAUUAUACAAAUGGGAAAUUGAUAAUCAGAUGAUCAAACUGAUGCAAAAUGUUAGAUUGUAAUGCAAAAUGACUGAAAAACGGCAAACUUUGCAAGGCUAUAUUAUCCGCAUUUUACAACAUUUCGCAACGAAACUUUGGAAUAUUACUAAUUUUGUGAUGCUCUUUCAAGCUGUGAUGAAAUUGUUGCCCAGGCAACGGUCUAUUGUCUUGGAUUCCUUUACAUAUGGUGGAAUAUGUAUAAGUAUAACUGUAAAUUGUAAAACUUAAUUGUCUUCAGGUUACGUAUAGACAUAACAUCAACUGCUACUGCGACCACACCUGUCUAGAUAUCCCAUCGCCAUAGUCUUGUAACAUGGCCGAAGCUGUCAAAGUUAUUGUGCGAUGUCGUCCGUUAAACAAACGAGAGACAGACAUGAAAUGCGAGGUUGUCGUCAAGAUGGAUUCCUCAAUUGGGCAAUGUCAGUUAUUCAAACCAGGUAAAAGAUUCUGUAAAUUCUUUAGAAGCGUUCAUCAGCUUGGCUAAGCAGUCCAUUCAUGUGGCAAAACCAGGGACAGACCUGGCCUGAUUUGUUUGUGGGGGUGAAAGUUUUCCAGGUGGAGUACAUUACUACGGAGGCCUAGGGGUGUCCCACAGAAAAUUUUUUUAAAUUUGAAGCUCGGAAAAGCCAUUUCCUGCAUUCUGAGCACUACAUGCUUUCGUAGGUAGGGAUGUAACUACCUGAAAAUAUAGAAGGACAAUUUUGACUUAGUUUAGAUUUCCUUCUGUGGUAAAUUAACACACUAACACUGAAUCAAUAAGAGAUAUAUGAUCUUUAGUGGACCCCUAGGCAGAACAGUGUAGAACUGAUGGAGUUAUCCAGUACCGGCAGUACAAAUAAAGUUAGUUUAUAUAGCUUAGGUUUCCUCCUGUAGUAACACUGGAUCAAUAAUAGAUGAUCCUUACUGGGCCUCUAGAGAGAACAGUUUAGAGCCGAUGGAACUAUCCAGUAUCAAUAAAGUUAGUUUAGGUUUCCUCCUGUAGUAACACUGGAUCAAUAAGAGAUGAUCCUUACUGGACCUCUAGGGAGAACAGUUUAGAAUUGAUGGAACUAUCCAGUAUAAAUAAUGUUAGUUUAGUAUAUGUUUCCUCCUGUAGUAACACUGGAUCAAUAAGAGAUUAUCCUUACUGGACCUCUAGGGAGAACAGUUCAGAACUGAUAGAGCUAUCCAGUAUAAAUAAACUAAGUUAGUUUAGUUUAGGUUUCCUCCUGUAGUAACGCUGGAUAAAUAAGAGAUGAUUCUUACUGGACCUCUAGGAAGAACAGUUUAGAACUGAUAGAACUAUCCAGUAUAAAUAAAGUUAGUUUAGUUUAGGUUUCCUCCUGUAGUAACACUGAAUAAAUAAGAGAUGAUUCUUACUAGACCUCUAGGAAGAACAGUUUAGAACUGAUAGAGCUAUCCAGUAUAAAUAAAGUUAGUUUAGUAUAGGUUUCCUCCUGUAGUAACACUGGAUCAAUAAGAGAUUAUCCUUGCUGGACCUCUAGGGAGAACAGUUACGAACUGAUAGAGCUAUCCAGUAUAAAUAAUGUUAGCUUACUUUCUAUCAAUCUUUGACCGCAUCUUUUUUAGGUGAAAAGGAACAGCCCCCAAAAUCCUUCACAUUCGACGGCGCAUACGACACAGAUUCGGUAACACAGACAAUCUACAAUGACAUAUGUUUCCCGCUAGUGGAAGGUGUAUGCGAGGGUUAUAACGGCACUGUCUUUGCAUACGGUCAGACAGGUUGUGGGAAAAGUUUUAGCAUGAUGGGAAUAACCGAUCCGCCUACGCAACGAGGAAUUAUUCCAAGGGCAUUUGAACAUAUUUUUGAAACCAUUGACGUCUCAGAGAAUACCAAGUUUUUGGUCCACGCCUCGUAUCUUGAGAUUUAUAAUGAAGAUAUCAGGGAUCUACUUGGCAAAAAUCACAAAGUAAGACUUAUUGGGCAACCCGAGAGUGUGCAAACAUUGAAUUCACCAUUCCAGCUAUAGGCUAAAUUUUGAUCAAGGCAAGAAGAAUGAAAUCCAACACCACAGCCAGAAAGAGCGUCUUAGAAUGAGUAAAACUGCAAAGAUUGGUUACUAAAUGUUGUAAAAUGAAGAAAAUAUAGCCCUGUGAAGUUCGCAAAUUUUGUAUACAGUCAAUAUAUAUUAUUACGCGCGGUAAAAAUAACCACUUUCGGCUCAAAAAUGGUUAUUUUUCCCGCGCGUAAUGCAAAUAUAUACAAAAUUUGCGAACUUCACAGGGCUAUAUUUUCCUCAUUUUACAACAUUUAGCAACCAAAAUUUGCAAUUUUAUUCAUUUUAAGAUGCUCUUUCCAGCUAUAGUAAUGGAUUUCAUUCUCCUUGUCUAGAUCAAAAUUUCGUCCAUUUCAUGUAAAGAGAUUAACUCAAACGUGUGGGGUUCCAUGUAAGAUAUAGCGAAAGUGGAAACGACGAUAAGUUCUGAACUAAUUGAAAAAUAUUUACACUUGGAAGUUUUUGAGGAGGUAGACUUUUUGUUAGGAGUAUAAUAGCAUGAAAGGCCUCAUAACCUCCGAUUGGUUUUGAUAGUAUUUUUCAGGUUUUAUAUCGUCACUGACUACUGAAAACAACAUAUUCAUUGUCUAGAGGGGAUUCAAAGUGAUAUCUUCAAAUAGCUCUAGGGCAUCGUUCUGUAAUCUCUACACGCGUAAAAACGCACAAGUCGUAACAAACCUGCAGCAGACUUGUAGCAAUGCUGUUCCAACAACUUGUCAACAGGAUGUGUUCGUACUGCUUGUUCCCAGCUUGUUGACAAGUUAUCAACGGCUUGUUGACAACUUGCUACAAGGUUGUUGAGCUCAACAGACUUGUUACAAGUUGUUCCAACAACUUGUUAUCGUCUUUCAAUUCAACAAUUUGUCAACAAGUUGUACAAGCUUGCUACAAGCCUGUUGCGAACACAUCUUGUUGACAAGUUGUGAGAUUUUUACGUGUGUCCCCGUUGAGGUAUCGACUCAACGGAGAUCAGAAGCGCAUUUAAUCCAACUUAAAGUGGCUCCCUACAGUUGUCCCUAUUUGUCCAACAUCUCUACAGUACAGGCCUAUUAAUGUAGAUCGUUUUUUUUUUCUACUUGCCAGCAAUAUCUAAUAUCAGUGGAAUAUUUAGAACUUUGUUUUGACAAUUUUUGUUUUGUUUCGAUCGUGGCGAUUGCGUGGGAUAGUUCGCGUACUCGUCCCGCGAACAUCCCGCAUGCUACUGUAGGGAGCCACCUUAAGUGCGCGCAAUAUUUUCGUGACUUCCCUUCGUCGGGGAGCUACACGCGUAAAAACGCACAACUUGUUACAAGUCUGUUCACAAGCUGUCAACAAGUUGUGUUCGCACUGCUUGUUCCCAGUUGUAACAAGUUUGGAACAAGCUGUUAACAACUUGUAACAAGCUUGAUGGCAUUAUCAACCUUGUUACAAGACUGUGCUAACAAGUUUGUUACAGCCACGAUAUAACAAGAAUGUUACAAGGUUGUCAACACAAGGUUGUAACAAUCUUGUUAUAUCAAGCAUGUAACGGACUUGUCAGAACAACCUUGCAACAAGUCUGAUAAUUUUUACAAGGUUGUUACAAGUUGUCAACAAGUUGUUCCAAACCUGUUGACAACUUGUGACAAGCAGUGCGAAUACAGUAGUGUUUCACAGAUGAAAAGUCCGAACGCACUUCGCGGUAGUUAUAAUUUAUUUUACUCGUUAUAGUUAUAUAUUUAUUAUAUAAUUAUCUUACUUUUUUUUCUCUUCCAAUGCCAUCAGUCUCGUCUUGAACUGAAGGAACAUCCCGAUAUGGGAGUGUACGUGAAAGAUCUCACCAUGAUUCCAGUUCACGACGUCAAGGACUGCGAGAAAGUCAUGGGAAUGGGGAACAAAAAUCGCUCGGUAUGAUUUUGUACGACAUCUUUAUUAAUACACGAAAUAUCUAUCAGUUGUAAACUGUUCUUCCUAGAGGUCCGGUAAGGAUCAUCUCUUAUUGAUCCAGUGUUACUACAGGAGGAAACCUAAACUAAACUAACUUAAUUUAUACUGGAUAACUCUAUCAGUUCUAAACUGUUCUCCCUAGAGAUCCAGUAAGGAUCAUCUCUUAUUGAUGCAGUAUUACUACAGGAGGAAACCUAAACUAAACUAACUUAAUUUACACUGAAUAGCUCUAUCGGUUCUAAACUGUUCUCGCUAGAGGUCCAGUAAGGAUCAUCUCUUAUUGAUCCAGUGUUACUACAGGAGGUAACCUAAACUAAACUAACUUCAGUUACACUGGAUAGCUUUAUCAGUUCUAAACUGUUCUCCCUAGAGGUCCAGUAGGAGUUAUCUCUUAUUGAUCUAGUGUUACUACAGGAGGAAACCUAAACUAAACUAACUUUGUUUAUACUGGAUAGCUCUGGUCAUAGUUUUGAAAGAUGCUGUCAAAGUUAGUAACCACUAUGCCAUCAACAUACCUUUCAUUUUUAUUCUCCAGGUUGGAUCUACACUCAUGAACGCAGAUUCUUCUCGCUCGCACUCCAUAUUCACCAUCAAACUCGAGAUGGAGGAUACGGAUUCGAAUGGCGAGGAACACAUCAGAGCGGGAAAAUUGAAUCUCGUUGAUUUGGCGGGGAGCGAGAGGCAAGCGAAGACUGGGGCGAGUGGAGAUAGACUAAAGGAAGCUACGAAGAUUAAUUUGUCAUUGUCUGCGCUUGGGAAUGUGAUCUCAGCGCUCGUUGAUGGAAAGUCGAAGCAUAUACCGUAUCGAGAUUCCAAACUUACUCGGUUACUACAGGUAUGGUACGCGAAUGAAUAUGAAUACAGUACUUAGACCUAUACACGACCGCAAAAUCAGCACAGAAAAAUGAUCAUGUCGCUGAGUGUUUAAUUUUCCCGCGCUUUUUGUUUUGCUUUAUUUCGACUUAUUUGUUGCGAAAUAAUGCUGAAAUUGUAAACUUCAUCACAAAAUUAGCAAUAUUCCGAAGUUUCGUUGCGAAAUGUUGUAAAAUGCGGAUAAUAUAGCCCCGCGAAGUUUACCGUUUUUCAGUCAUUUUGUAUUACGCACGGGAAAUUGGUACCGCGCUUUCUGAAAAAAGGUAUCAAUUUCCCGCGCGUAAUACAAAAUGACUGAAAAACGGCAAACAUCGCAGGGCUAUAUUAUCCGCAUUUUACAAUAUUUCGCAACGAAACUUCGGAAUAUUACUAAUUUUGUGAUGCUCUUUCAAGCUGUGAUGAAAUGUUUGUCUAGACUUGUUUAGAUCAAAAUUUUGUUCAUUAUAGAGAAUAGGUCCAUUAUACUUGAAUUAUAUAGCAUCUCUCCGUUGCAAUGAUUUCUGUGAAAAUAACGUUCCUAAAAGGUUCGGAUAGAUACAAUUGUAGUUUUUCACGUCGCUUCAUACAGAAAAACAAAACAGGUGUUUGUUCACGUCGCUAUACAGAAAGCUAUCGGGUACAGGCAGUGUAAACGUAUAUAUCCUAUAUUCGCUCCCUUUCCCAAAAUAUUUCGCAAAUUGUCCGUCAUUUACAAGUGUUCAUUUCUUCUUUGUAGGAUUCUCUCGGUGGUAACACAAAGACACUAAUGGUAGCUUGUCUCAGUCCCGCUGACAACAACUAUGACGAGACGUUGAGCACGUUACGUUAUGCCAACCGAGCGAAGAACAUCAAGAACAAGCCGAAGAUUAACGAAGAUCCGAAGGACGCGUUGUUACGAGAAUAUAAAGCCGAAAUUGAAAAACUCAAAGAAAUGUUGAUGGGACAAACACAGAUGCCGAUGGAGAUACUACAAAAUGGGACUAGUGAGUUGAUAAUUUGUUAUCGUUAGAACCUAUGGUUGCCUCGUGUUUUACAUAUGAUAUAUGUAAAGCACUCACACCCUUGCUUUAAAGACCAUAAUGUAAACAAACGUAAAGUCCGUAAUGUAAACAAACGCUUUGUUUAUAUUUUGAACUCAGUGCUACAGUUGUAAAAUACGAUUAGAUAUAUAUUAAACUGAAUUUUUAACACUCUUCUGGUUCGCUAUGCUUGUAAAUGAGUACAGACUAGAGAUUCAAUUCAAGAAAGUUCAAAAGAUACGAAAUAUUAAUAACAUUCCAACGGUCGGGUCCCGACCAUUGUAAUGUAAGCCUGCGCAGAACGGACUUUACAUGGUCUUUAAAUAGUACUUGAGAUAUUCUCUUUAUCAAAGGUAAUGCAGCCAUAGCUCCAGUCCAAAGCCAAUCUGUAGUCGAUAUCAGGGCGCAAGAAAAACUGGCUGAGGAAUCUGCUCGGAUUAAAAAUGAAUACGAAGACAAACUGGCCGAGAUGAAGAGAUUGUUUGAAGAGGAACAGUCGAGUAAGGAGCAUUUGAAAGACGAGAUGAAGCGAUUGAAGGCAGAAUAUGAUCAAAAACUGACUUCAGUUGAGAGCCAAUACCCGGCUCCUGUGAACUUGGUGAGUUGACUCUAUCGUCAUUGGUCUUCCUAGAGGUCCAGUAAGGAUCAUCUCUUAUUGAUCCAGUGUUACUAUAGGAGGAAACCUAAACUAAACUAACUUUAUUUAUACUGGAUAGCUCUAUCAGUUCUAAACUGGUCUUCCUAGAGGUCCA